AUGUCGAGAAGUUGGGACCAAUUAAAGGUGUUUGGGCAACUUCUGUCGGUUCCCCUGCAACGUCACGUUUUGGGAGACGAGGAAUCCGCAAAGCUGGCAACGCUCGUAAACAGAGCGGUUACGCUAUUGUUUAAAGCUUACAGUAACAUAGGGCACGACAACGUGUACGUCUCUUUCAACGGUGGGAAGGAUUCGGUAGCGGUGCUACAUUUACAUCGGCUUGCGUCCUCCUUCCCAGACUCCGGCGUAGCAGCUGGUCGGCCGCUCAACGUAGUAUUUUUCAAGGACCCGGCGGAGCGCUUGUUUCCUGAGAUAACCGAGUUCGUGGACCACGUUGCCAAAAAGUACAAUUUUAAAGUAAAGGUAGUAGAGGACGUUUGGCAUAAAGGAAUCCCACAAAUUGCUGCCGGAAGGAAGGCGGCCUUUGUUCUAGGGUGUAGAAGCACUGACUUCGAGGGCUCACAAAUAUCCGAAAUAGAGGAGGGGUCCACAGGAGGAGUAGAGUUCGUACGCAUACACCCCCUUUCACAGUGGAGUUACGGUGACGUUUGGAAUUUUCUGAGGCUCUUUUCCUUCGACUAUUGUUCGCUCUACGAUAUCGGAUACACGUCAGUUGGUAGCGUCGACGAUACAAUCGCAAAUCCCCACCUAAAAAAGCCGGAUGGCACCUAUGCCCCGGCAUAUAAAUUACAAAAUUGGUCUUUGGAGCGAUCUGGUCGUACCAAAACUUCGACCAAGUAG